GAGGAGUCAGCUGCCCUGGCCAGCAGCACUCUUUCAGGACACCGCAGAAGCUUCCUGUGCCCAUGGGGCCCUUUCACCUGCUCCGUGCCCCUCGGCUUCGGGGCCUGAGUUCCCCGUACCGCAGGUCACGUAUGAGCUGCCCGCGGCCCGGCUUUCGCAAGAUGUUCAAGUGUAGCCGAAGAAGGUACAGGCAGAAGCUGCAAGGCCCAGCUGCUACCAAUGUUGCCACCACGAGCACAGACAUCAGUGCCACCCACACUGCCAUAACCAGUGUAUGGAUCCUCUCACCUCAAGGUCUCAGGCCUUGCCGUCAACCUGGGAGCUUUCUCAUCCUUUAGGAAGCACAGAAGCUCGGCCUGCUCUGGAUCCACAUCUCCAAGGGGCUGGAAAUGGUGAACAUGAAACACAAUCA